AUGGAGACUGCCGGUCGCAUGGGAUUACCCAGUGCUCGUUGGUACGCUGAAAUGCUCAUUCGCGAGCGUGACUGGGGUGCAAUGGAUUUAAUGAGCGAGAAGGAACGCUUUGUAAAGAUGCAGGACGAGCUGAAACGGCGAGAUCUUAACCGCUUUUACUAUGCGCCGCCUGGUGGUGAGUCUUUAGCUGCCGUUGCGCAACGUGCCGAUCGAUUACUUGGAAUUUUAAAUCAAGAAUGUCAUGAUAAAAAAGCGAUUGUUGUUGCGCAUGGAGAAGUGAUUUGGGCCAUGCGCACGAGGCUUGAAAGGAUGUCACAAGAUACUUUUAUUGAAUUGCAGGAGUCCGGCCGUAUGGUGGACCAAAUUCACAAUGGUCAUGUCUUACAUUACACGCGAAGAAAUCCGCUGAGUGGAAAGAUGGCUCCGUUUUUUACCCACGUACGCUCGGUAUGCCCUUGGAACGAAAAACUGAGCCCCAAGGGAUGGAUGAAGAUCAACCGGCCAGUGUAUGACAAUGAACUGCUUUUGGCUACAGCGGAGCGUGUUCCCAGAAUGAUAAUAUCUGAGGAAUACCUUGAUAAGACUUACAAUCAAGCUAGGACUCUAAUCGAUCAAUGUAUCCAUCCGGACGUACUGUCGCAAGUCACAUCUUUAGAACAAGCACCCGCUUCUACUGAGACAGUCGCGGAUGUUCCUCUUCGUAAGGAAGAGCGUCCAACGCCUCUUUUGAUACCCGGAAAGCCUAUGCUGAACUUGAAAAAGGUUGUUGUGGUCAAAAAGAUGUCUCGAUUCCAGCAUGAAGCCGAGUUGUACAACAACACCGGUGAAGCUCUAAGGAAGCAAAUGUCAAUGCGAGGAUUUGUUCAUGAUCGUCUUAAAGCGAGCCACGAACAUCAUAUUGAGGCUGUGGAUGAAAUUACUAGCAGUUUUUUGGAGCGUGAUAUCGAAGUGAAGGUUGUCUCAGCUAGUCAUCUAACGCACGAAGCAGUAGAGGGAACGGAUAUGAUUUUUUCUGCUGGUGGCGAUGGUACUUUUUUGAAAACUGCAAGCUUUGUCAACACUCCGAUCCCUGUGGCAGGAAUAAAUACUGACCCCAAGCGAAGCGAAGGCAAUUUGUGCUGCUACCAGGUUGACAACGUGACCCAACGGUUUAGUACUGCAUUGGACCGUUUACUUGAAGGUGACUUCAAGUGGCGAUUGCGUCAGCGAAUACGAGUCGGAAUGGUGAAUCAGGAUGGCUACUGGCACGAGCUGCCUCGCUUCGCCUUAAACGAAGUCUUUAUCGCUGAAAGUGACGCCUCUCGACCGUCACACUACGACAUCGGUAUCGACCAGCAUCAGCGUGAAUCUCACCGUAGUAGUGGCAUUCUUAUGUGCACAGGCACAGGGUCAAGCGCAUGGUACUCAAGUGCAUGUCAAAUCUAUCGAGAACAGGUUGCGACUGUUCUUAAUGCUAUGGACCAUACACAUACAAACGAAACAGUGACGGAGCUGACAGAAUCAAUAAACAAAGAGAACGUUUUUCCGGAGGAUUCAAGGGAUAUGGGCUAUGUUGUCCGUGAACCUAUCAUUAAUGCUACGUUCGGUGAUAUCAGAUUUCGACGAGGCAAAGCUCGCCGUGUAUCAAUGCGGUCUCUCGGAUGGGAUAUGAAGGUAUUUAUCGACGGCAUCUACUCGGUGCCGCUAGAUUACGGCGUCCAGGCGGUGAUGAAGAUCGUUGACGAGCCAAAAUAUGUAUUGCGGACCGUAGACUUUGCUCCGCUACCAAAGUCUACGGCGAGAAAGAUAACAUUUUAG